AAAUUUCCCAUUCCAAAUUCCCUCUCUGCAAUUUUCACAACACCAUCAAUUCUCUAGGAUUUGAAGAAUUUCUCAAUCGCCAUGGCCAGAACUAAGCAAACAGCCCGCAAAUCCACCGGAGGAAAGGCACCCAGGAAGCAGCUGGCCACCAAGGCUGCCAGGAAAUCAGCUCCGGCCACCGGAGGAGUGAAGAAGCCCCACAGAUUCCGUCCUGGAACAGUUGCUCUGAGGGAAAUCAGAAAGUAUCAGAAGAGUACUGAACUGCUCAUCAGGAAGCUUCCCUUUCAGAGGCUGGUGAGGGAAAUCGCUCAGGAUUUCAAGACAGAUCUGAGGUUCCAGAGCAGUGCCGUUGCUGCUCUCCAGGAGGCUGCCGAGGCUUACUUGGUGGGUCUUUUUGAGGAUACCAAUCUCUGCGCCAUUCAUGCCAAGAGGGUCACCAUCAUGCCCAAGGACAUUCAGUUGGCCAGGAGAAUCAGGGGUGAAAGGGCUUGAGUAAUUAGAUCAUCUGGGUUUAGUUUUAGUAAUCUUAUUAUGGAAUUUUUAGGGAAAUUACUGUUUGUUAGGGUUGUAGAACUCGUACUUCAUAUGUUCUUUUGUGCCCACUUUAUUACUUCAAUGCUUGUUGCUAUGGGAAUUUAGAUGUAGUUGAAUAUGAUAUCUAUUGUAAGAUUGGAACUUUCAGUGAUUAAAUUGAAAUCAAGUUUUUAGAAUGUUGGUCCUCGAAUCUGACAUUUGCUGGUA